UCCACAAUUCAUGCAAGUUAAGUAGGCGCCCGCAUAACCUUCCGCCAGCGAACCAUGGUCACCUUCUGCUGUCGAAAUCUCUUAGUGCUUUCCCUUCUUGUGGGCGCGGUUGUGGCGACGGGGCUGGUGAAAGAUACGGACAAAGUCGUUGAGAACAUCUACGACUCAGACAUCCAGAAAUGUGCUCCUAUAAAGGAACUCGGUAUUCUUAAGGCUAAGCUGGCUGAUGCUCAGUCACCUAUCAUGCGACAAGUCUUCUCGUGGCUCUUUCCAUUUGGACCAGCAUGGAACUCAAUAUUGGGCACGUUCUACAUUAGCUCGGUUCCCAACUUUAUUCUUGCCUUCAUUCCGGCCCAAAUUAACCCCAAUACAUUGAAUACAAUGACCGCCUUUGCUACGGGUGGUCUCCUAUCCGAUGUAUUCCUCCACCUGGUUCCCCAUUCAUUCAUGGGUGAACAUCAGGACGGCGGUAUUCACUUCGUGAUGGUUGAAGAGAAGCGAAAUAUACUCAUCGGUUUGGGUAUUUUUGUUGGCUUCGCAACCUUCUUCAUAAUGGAAAAGACAUUACGAGUUCUGGGUGGUGGCGAAGAAGACGGAGGGCAUUCUCACAGCCAUUCUCACUCGCACGCAGAGACAUCAAAGGACGUAAGCGCAGGUCAUGCGUCUGGUGUGCACGUUUCUCCCUCUGCCAAUGGGCUGAAGUCUCGCAAGGAGGAGGGCAACCAGAACCCUACCGGUCAAGGCUCAAGUGACGAAUCACAAAUUGAGGUCAAAGGCCCUUCUAAACUAUCAGCCUACCUGAAUCUCUUCGGAGACUUCGUCCACAACAUUACAGACGGCCUUGCCAUGGCAGCCUCGUUUUACUCUUCGCCGCUAAUUGGGGCCACAACCACCCUGGCAUGCUUCGCCCACGAAAUUCCUCAUGAAAUCGCUGAUUACUCUAUCUUGGUCCGAAGCGGCUUCACGAAACGUCAAGCUAUGCAGUCGCAGUUCCUUACGGCUGUGGGAGCGUUCAUUGGAACCUUCAUGGGCAUUGGCAUCCAUAAUUUAUCUUCCUCUGGGGAUGCCUCGAGCGAGGCCUCAGAUCUCACGGCCGCCAUUAGGCAGGCAGCGUCAGGCAUACUCGGGACUACCGUUCAGUCUGCGGACCUGGUCAUACCUUUUGUUGCAGGUGGAUUCAUGUAUAUUGGUGCCGUAGCCGUGUUGCCAACACUUCUUGAGGACAGCAAAAGCGGCAAGCAGGCCUUGCGUGAAUUUGGGGCGAUGGCUUUCGGAGUCAUUUGCAUGUUCCUGGUGGCUUGGAACGAAUAAGCUCUGAAGGUUGAUUAAUGGCUGAUGCGAAGUUUAGUGGGCAUGUAACGCCGUGGGUGUUACAGGGCAAACCAGGAUGCCCUUGUCAGGGCAGCGCUUUGAGGGACGGCAUGCUGUCAAGAAUAUGUAGAGUUAUUCAUUAUUCCUGUCCGCUCUAUGGCAGCUAUAUACCAUAAUCAUACGGUGUGACAAUUCC